UCUGCUAGGGAAGAAACCUUGCUGAGGCUUUAUCAGCUGCUGCUUUUCCCCCUGGCACUGCUUGAAGGGCACCUCUACUGCGAUGGGGAGGCAAAAGGAUGUUCUUGCUACUAUUGAGGAGCACCUGAGGAUCAGAAACAAACUAGUCCGGCAAGCACUGGCUGAGUGCCUGGGGACGCUGAUCCUGGUGUUGUUCGGCUGUGGCUCCGUUGCACAGAUUGUGCUCAGCAGAGGGACUCAUGGAGGUUUCCUGACUGUUAACCUGGCCUUCGGCUUUGCUGUGAUGCUCGGCAUUUUGAUCUCGGGACAGGUAUCAGGUGGACAUCUGAACCCAGCUGUCACUUUUGCCAUGUGCUUCUUGGCCCGGGAGCCCUGGAUCAAGCUGCCAGUUUAUGCCCUGGCCCAAACCCUGGGGGCUUUCCUGGGAGCUGGCAUAGUCUUUGGACUGUACUAUGAUGCCAUCUGGGCUUUUGGCAGCAACCAGCUGUAUGUAACAGGACAAAAUGGCACUGCUGGUAUCUUUGCCACGUACCCAUCUCAGCAUCUGAACAUUGUGAAUGGAUUCUUUGACCAGUUCAUUGGCACAGCCUCCCUGAUUGUUUGUGUCUUGGCUAUUGUUGAUCCUUACAACAACCCUGUCCCCACGGGGUUGGAGGCUUUCACAGUUGGCUUUGUUGUCCUCGUUAUUGGAACCUCCAUGGGCUUCAACUCUGGCUAUGCUGUCAACCCUGCCAGGGACUUUGGGCCUCGUCUCUUCACAGCCAUCGCUGGCUGGGGCACUGAAGUGUUCUGGACUGGUAAACAGUGGUGGUGGGUUCCAGUUGUUGCUCCUUUUCUUGGGGCUAUUGCGGGUGUGAUGGUCUAUCAGCUGAUGAUUGGAUGUCAUGAUGAGCCUUCUCCACCUGCCUCUGAGCAGGAAACAGUCAAGCUGGCUAACGUGAAGCACAAGGAAAGGAUCUGAGGAAGCUGCCACCCAGAUCUGGCAGACAUUCAUUACUCAGGACUGCAGCUGGCGAAGAGGAGGAAGGAGUUAAGAAGAGCUUCAAGAACAACAGGAAGAUUUCCCCCCCCCCACAUCUUGAGAUAUUGUAGUGCGCUUUUUUGUGUAUAUCCCUGAUGCAUUUCUUUAGGCAUUU